AUGGACCUUGCACCUCAGGGUUUGAUAACACUGCAACAAAAGGCAAAUGACCGAAGGCCAGUUGGUAGCUCACAAAUUUGGACACGGUAUGGUGUUCUGCUUCCAAGCCAGCAGACUCGAAAGCUAAAAGAAUGGGUUCUGACUGAUGAGCAGCAACAGCUUGUUAAUGCUAGUGGUCUUGGACAUCUGGCACUUACCACCGGGUUUACCAUUGAUCGAACUUUGCUUACAUCAUUUUGUGAAAGAUGGAACAAUGAAACAAAUACUGCACAUUUCAUGGGAUUUGAGAUGGCACCAUCACUUCGCGAUGUUUCCUACAUUCUCGGCAUUCCAGUGACUGGUCAUGUGGUGACCGCAGAGCCAAUUGGUGAUGAAGCUGUGAAGCGGAUGUGCUUGCAUUAUUUAGGAGAGAGCCCUGGAAAUGGAGAGCAAUUGUGUGGCUUAAUUAGGUUGACUUGGUUGUAUAGGAAUUUUCAUCAACUGCCGGAAAAUCCGACCAUCAAUGACAUUGCAUAUAGCACCCGAGCUUACCUUCUAUACCUGGUUGGUUCCACCUUGUUUCCUGACACCAUGAGGGGAUUUGUAUCCCCAAGAUAUCUACCACUGUUGGGAGAUUUUAGGAAGAUCCGUGAGUAUGCUUGGGGGACUGCAGCCCUUGCUCAUUUGUACAGGGGAUUGUCUGUUGCAGUGACACCUAAUGCCACAACUCAGUUUCUCGGCAGUGCAACUUUGCUCAUGGCCUGGAUUUAUGAGUACCUUCCUAUUACUCAACCACAACAGAAGAACCAGAGCACUUUGCUGCCCCGGGCUUGUCGGUGGAACUUUGGAGGAGCAACACGUGGACAGAGGAAAAAAGUCAUGGAGUGGAGAAAAGUUUUUGAACAACUUCAAUUUUCUGAGGUCAAUUGGAACCCUUACAAGGACAUAAAUCCAGCAAUUGUUCCGGAAUAUUGCAUUGCAGCAGAUAACAUCUGUUACUCUCGGACUUGGCUAAUCAGCUUUAACAUAAAGGAGGUGUAUGUGCCUGACAGGUUUGCUAGGCAGUUUGGAAGGGAACAAGGACGCCUCCAUGGCGUGCCAAUGUGGGCAAGAAGAACUUGGAGUAAGUGGAAAGACUGGAGAGCUGAGUAUGCUCGUGAGAUUGAGGAGUUUCAUCAAUUGGUUGGCUGCCGUUUCACCCCUCCUGCGGAAACCAAUAUCAACUCCCUUCCACUACAUGAGUCUAGUGCUGGACAGAAUGAUGCAGGAUGCAGUCUGAAUACCUCUCAUAAUUUUUCUACAAUGGUUGAAGAUUUGAAAAAUGAUCUCCCAGUAAUUGGUCGAUAUCUUGAGGGAAACUUGCUUCCUUCAGAGGUUUCAAGCUUCCUAGAGAGGGUGGGCACGAUGAUCAAGAGCUACUCCCCACCACAGAGCAGCCGAAGGAAAGAUCGAGUAGCUCAUGGCCACAUUGGCCCAGUCAAGUCAAAGAACCCAAGGAAAAGAGGGAAACCUUCACUCUUUCAAGAUCCUUUAAGUCCUCAUCGGUACCCAGGCACCCCAGUACCUUAUCAGGCUAGCAAGUGUGGCAUGGUGUUUGGUGGCACCGUUCCUCUACUAAAUGGGGGUGAGGCACUCAAGGAACAAGAGGCCAUGGAUCCCUGGCAGAUCUCCCAGUCUCAUUUGACAAUGACCACAUCUUCUUCAUCUCUAGACUCAAGCUCACCAGAAUCAAUGAAGCGAAGUCGGGAAGGUGGGGAUGAAAUUCAAAUCCCAAGGGACACUGAUUGCCUCCGAAGAAGUGGAAGGCUCUGUGUGCAGCUGAAAAUGUUCAAGCACAGAGAUGGAGUGGGUGCCGAGGCAGCUAAUCCGAUUUUCCUCUGA